ACUGAAUAAUUGUUGUGAUUGCUUUUAUUGGCAGUGCUCAAAAUUCAUCCCUGUGUGACCUCAAGUAAGCCACGUAACUUUGUGAACCUGCAGUUUCAUUAUUUUUUAAAUGAAAAAACUUGACAGAUUUUCAUUCUGCCACAGAAUGUCAGGUCUCCCAGACACCAGAAAAUACACUGACUUAAAGCCUUUGAUAGAUCUCAAAGCAGUAUCCUUACACAGUGUAGUCGGAGGAUGGUGGGGGCUGCAGAGAGGGAUGCUUUCAAAUGGGAUUGAUCCAGUCCUCCUUCCUUCACUUCCACAUGAAUGCUGGGCAGCCCAGGGUCACACCCACUGCACCUUCAACUCAGGCUAGUCCAGCAGCCAAACUGAGGAGACCCGGGCUACAGAACAGUCUCCCAAGUUCCAGGCUCACAAAACCUAGGUGGGGAUGAAAGCUGAGAAAGUGGUUCAGGGACCACUCUUUCCUACUCGUUCCUCUCACCUCAAACUCACCUACUGCACAGCAACACUGAGGAUCAUCAACUACCAACUACUAUCACCAAGACCAUGACCUUGAUGUUGCCAUGUUCUGUUAGUGGAAUGCAACCACACAUCAGUGGUGUUAGUCCAACUCAGAAAAAUAUAUAUCAAGCAGUAUUCCAUAAGAACUGCUCAUGGCCCUGUUCUUUUCAAUAUAUGGGCAAACUGAAUGAAAACAACAAAAUAGUAUCAGGUUUGCAAGACUUCCCAAGAUAGAUGGUCACAUGUGUUUUCAGGAGAUCCCUGUAUAAAUGAUUUUGAUCACUUGAUACCUUGAAAAGAGCUCUCGUGGGCCCAGAAUGACAUCCAUAAGUGACAAGUAUGAAAUGUAGUGUUCAGUCACAUUAAAAAACAAAUCAUCCUACACAGAGGAAGAGCUUUGGACAUAGGAAUGUCAAACUGGUCUUAAAUGUAAUGAAAAGCCAAGGUGGUGCCCCAGUAAGAAAAAAGAAAUCAACAAUGGGAUGCAGCAAGAAGAAUACUGAGACAGGAAAUAAAACAUUUUAAAAAAGUGAAUUAUUCAUUCACUUUCUAGUGAAUACAGAAAAAACUGCAGAAGACCCACAGGAUAUCAUGGCAGUCUAAAAGUUUGAUAUCUUACACUGUGGAAAAGCCUUAAAUUCUAUUUUAACAUAAGAGAAGGUGGAGUGAGUGACUUCAUGACUACCAUGUAGAAAAUAUAAUCUGUUGGGAAACUAUUUCUGCCUUGAUGAUUUUAUACACACAAGAGAUGAACAAUGAGGAAUAUGCUUAGAUGUACUGGGAAAGAGAUGGGUCUGUGGCAUUGUCACAAGGGUACACAUAUACUGAGAGUGAAUGCUGAAGGAUUGAUCCCCAUCGGUGGUGACCUCAGGUGAGACCAUGGCGCCUGUGUUUCAGCAAAGCCUGGGCAAUUGGAACACAGGGCUCCUAAGAUUCCAUGACACCCCCACCUUCUAAUUCUGUUAUUGCAACUGCAGACCGUUACCUGGCACGCUGGCUGCUACCUCCCUCACUCUUGUCAGAGUCUGAGCUACAGGCAGUGCCUUCAGCUCUGAGCUCAUCAAACCUUGUUUUUGCAGUUAAGGACUCUAAAGUGCUGUGGGGAGUGAUCACGUUUUUCUCAACAUCCCUGGCUCCACCUCUUCUGCCACAAACGUCAGCAUGGUGGUAUCUGCUGGCCCUUGGUCCAGUGAGAAGGCAGAGAUGAACAUUCUAGAAAUCAACGAGAAAUUGCGACCCCAGCUGGCAGAGAAGAAACAGCAGUUCAAAAACAUCAAAGAGAAAUUCCUUGUAACUCAAGUGGCCUGCUUCCUGGCCAGCCGGCAGAACAAAUACAAGUAUGAAGAAUGCAAAGACCUCAUACAAUCUAUGCUGAGGGAUGAGCUGCAGGUCAAGGAGGAGAAGCUUGUAGAGCAGCUUGGGCAAGCUGAGGAGCUCAGGCAAUAUAAAGUCCUGGUUCACUCUCAGUCACGAGAGCUGGCCCGGUUAAGGGAGAAGUUACGGGAAGGGAGAGAUGCCUCCCGCUCAUUGAAUCAGCAUCUCCAGGCCCUCCUCCCUCUGGAUGAGCCUGACAACUCCCAGGGGCAGGAUCUCCGAGAGCAGCUGGCUGAGGGCUGCAGGCUAACAGAGAACCUCAUCCACAAACUCAGCGCAGAAAAUGAUGAAGAUGUGGAUGACGAUGUUUACGUUGAGGAGGCUGAGAAAGUACGGGAAUCAUGCGCCCCCAGGAAGGUACAGAAGGCUGAAGAGAAGGAAUUCCCAGAGGACUUACUGGAGGAAUGUGCUCUCAUUUGUUCAAAUAGCCACGGCCCUUCUGACUCCAGCCAGCCUCACAGGAAAACCAAAAUCACAUUUGAGGAAGACCAAGUUGACUCUGCGCUGGUUGUAGACAGUGAACCUUCUCAUGAUGAAGCGGAGGAAGCUCUAAACAUUCUCCCAGAAAUUGAAAAGGAUCAAGAAGAGGAAGAAGAUCAAGACUCACCAUGCCCCAGGCUGAGCCCAGAGCUGCCAGAGGUGGAGGAGCAGGACGUCCCGCAGGACUCUCUGGAUGAAAUUUACUUGACUCCUUCCCUUCCCCAUGACCUCUCUGACUGCCAGCAGCCUUACAGCAGCACGUUGUGCUCAUUGGAGGAUCAGCUCGCCUGCUCUGCUCUCGAUGUAGCCUCUCACACCCAGGCGGCCUGUCCUUACGGACCUUGGAGUAGAGACUUGAGCCACCACCUGUCAGAAGUGCAGGCUUCACAGGCACAGCUGGAGCCGAGAACCCUGGUGCCCAAUUGUCUGCGACCACAGCUGGAUCAAGGGUUUGACUGUGGCUAUGGCUUAGCCAGGCGGGGCGUUUCCUCCGCCACCUGCAGCUUCACAGCCAACGCUGAUGCUGGGAAGCAAUGGCCCUUCCAAGAGCUGGGUUUAGAGCUUUCCCUUGGAAUGAAGAACCCUCCCCAGCUAGAAGGUGAUGCUCUUGAAGGCUCAGCUGACAACACACAUGAGCAUCAAGUCAUUGGCCACAUUCAUGCUGCAAGUGUCCUAAAACCAAAGAUGAUCAAAAGAAAACUGCUGUUCAGCAAGUGGAGACUGGCAUGCAGAUUCCCUGGCCUGCAAGCUUAGGGUACGAAGGUACCAAAUACUACUUGAAAGGAUGAAAAGGAUGAAAAGAUGUCAUCAAAGUAGUUUUUUCACUUGCUGAAAAAGACUAAAACAGCAAAGCAAGUUCAAGAUCAAACACAACACUGCAGGGAUCCUUUGCUGAGGAGCGAACUUAAGACCAUGAAAUGCUAUUGAUGAUUUUAACCCACUGGGCCCCUUUGAUUUGAGAAGCCACAGCCCUUCCCCCUCCAAUUGUGAUCAAUUGUGAUCAGUAUCUAAGGAGACCAAUGCCCAGAUGGACAAACAGCAUUGAGAGGCCGUAACCCUGCUUCUCUCAAUUCCUAUCCUGUAGAGAACAGGACUCAGGAGCUCCUGGCA